CACGGAGUGGUUGAGCACAUGACGUCACGGCUCGUUUCUCAGCACCAGGAGGCCCAUGUGGUGUUUUAAUGAGCGGCCACCAACUCCAGCACUUUGAACACUUUCACCUGAUUAUUUUUGCACCUGAAUGCUCUUGUAGUUAAUACUUCCCAAGAUGUUGUUAACGGCGCUGGACGGGGAUGAGACGGUUGUUUUUAAAGGGGCUGUCGCCUCUCUGCAGAUCCAAGUGGAGCCGGUGGGCCGGUGGUUCGAGGCGUAUGUGAAGAGGAGGAACAGGAACACUUCGGUCUCGUUCCAGGAGCUGGUAGAGGAUGAGGAGUCCUCAGAGGAGUCGGAGGACGAGGAUCUUCAGCUGGAAGAGUACCCCAUGCUCCGGACGCUUGACCCCAAAGACUGGAAGAAUCAAGAUCACUAUUGUGUCCUCGGGCUUCCACACUUGAGGUACAAAGCCACACAGAAACAGAUCAAAGCUGCCCACAAAGGGAUUGUGUUGAAGCACCAUCCUGACAAGAGGAAAGCUGCAGGAGAGAAGAUUGUAGAGGGAGACAACGACUACUUCACCUGUAUAACUAAAGCUAUAGAAAUCCUGUCGGACCCGGUGAAGAGGAGAGCCUUCGACAGCGUAGACCCCACCUUCGACAACACCGUGCCUUCAAAGAACGAAGGCAAAGAGAACUUUACCGAAGUGUUUGCUCCCGUUUUUGAGAGAAACGCACGGUGGUCUUCCAAAAAGCACGUGCCCAAGCUGGGAACCAUGGAGUCCACCUUCGAGGAAGUCGAUAAUUUUUACUCUUUUUGGUACAACUUCGACUCAUGGAGGGAAUUCUCAUACCUUGAUGAAGAGGAGAAGGAGAAGGCUGAGUGUCGAGACGAGAGGAGGUGGAUUGAAAAGCAGAAUCGAGCCUCCAGAGCUCAGAGGAAGAAAGAGGAGAUGAACAGAAUGCGAACACUAGUUGAUACUGCCUACAGCCUUGACCCUAGAAUAAAGAAAUUCAAAGACGAAGAGAAAGCCCGGAAGGAGGCUGAGAAGAAGGCCAAGGUGGAGGCCAAGAAGAGAGAGCAGGAGGAGAAGGAGCGGGCCCGGCAGGCGGAGAUAGACGCAGCUCGCCUGGCAAAGGAGAAGGAGGAAGAGGAGGCCCGGCAGCUCGCUCAGCAGGCCAAGAAGGAGAAGGAGAUCCAGAAGAAGGCCAUCAAGAAGGAGAGGCAGAAACUCAGGACUACCUGCAAGAACUGGAACUACUUCACUGAGGAAGAAUCUGACAGUGUGAAGAUGAUGGAGGAAGUGGAGAAGCUCUGUGACCGCCUGGAGCUGACCAGCCUGCAGUCCCUGAAUGAAAUCCUGGCCGCGGGCUCCAGAGAGGACAGCAAAGUGGCCGUGGAGAAGCAGGUCCAGGAGGUGAAUGCCCAGCUGCAGAGGGAGAAGGAGGCGGAGGUGCAGCAGCGGCAGGCGACUCGCAGCUCUGAUCACGCCAGCGGGGGAGGAGGAUCGGCGGGGGGGAAGGGCUACAACGAGGAAGACCUCCAGCUGCUCAUCAAAGCCGUCAACCUGUUUCCUGCUGGCACCAACGCCAGGUGGGAAGUUAUCGCCAACUACAUGAACCUGCACUCCACAAGCGGCGUGAAGAGGACGGCGAAGGACGUCAUCAACAAAGCCAAGAGUCUACAACGGCUAGAUCCGACGCAGAAAGACGACACCAACAGGAAAGCGUUCGAGAAGUUCAAGAAGGAGCACGCUGCGGUCGCUCCCACCAUCGACAACGCUCAGCCCUCUGAGAGAUUCGAUGGCGCCGGUGCCUCCUGGACCACGGAGGAACAGAAGCUCCUGGAACAAGCCCUGAAGACCUACCCAGUCAGCACUCCUGAGCGCUGGGAGAAGAUCGCUGUGGCGGUGCCGGGACGGAGCAAGAAGGACUGUAUGAAGAGGUACAAGGAACUGGUGGAAAUGAUUAAAGCGAAGAAAGCCGCACAGGAAGUCGCAGGCAAGACUAAAAAAUGACAAGAACCACAACGAAUAGUACCUGAGUUAUUUUAACAUUAUUGUGUUUGGUCUUUAUUUUAUAAUAAAAAUUAAAGGAGGAAAAAAAUACUACAGAUGAUACUUAAA